AUGUCUUCGUCGCCAUUAUCAUCAAAAAAUAACACAUUUGUUCAAAGUCAAGCACAAUAUUUCAAUCGACAAAAUAGUACUUUAGAUUCCCCUAUGAAUAUAAAUCGUCAAUCACCAAAUCUAUCAUCAACAGCAACUCGUAUAGUUGGACCAAAACCAUUUUAUCGUUCACAAAUAACUCCUGAUCCAUUUGAUUAUAUAAAUAAUCAUCGUCAACAAAAUGAUUAUCAACAAUCUCGUGAAAAUCAAUCUCAACGUCGUUUUUCAUUUAAUCAAACAAACGUAAACGAGAAUGAUGACGAUGAUGAUGGUGAUGUUGAUGAAUCUACAUCAUCAAAUGAAUCACUUUCAAUUGAAUUUCCACCCCCACCAAGUGCGUUUUCUACAUCACCAGUUAUCAAUAAUACUUAUCAAUUUGUACCUGUUAAAGUUCCAUUUGUUCAAACAACUAUCGGUCGAUCAGAUUCAGGUUCUUCACUUUCAAAUUCAUAUUUAUCUGAUCAUGAACCAUCAUCACCAACAACUACAAAAAAUUUACAACAUCGAUCGACAACACCAACAAGUAAUAAUUAUAACAAUAAUCGUUCUGUAAUAAGUGUUAGUUCAUCUCAAUCACCAGUUAUAACAAUUGCAUCUAGAGGUUCACCAAAUCGAUCUGAAAUUCGUUUUUCAUCAUCAUCACCUAAUACAACAAAAUCAACUUUUAAAGAAAUUCGUAUAUCACGACCCGAUUCACCAUCAAUAUCAAUCAAUCGUCAAGGAAUUAAAAAUCAAUCAAUUAAUUAUGCUAAUGGAAAUGAUAACGCUUUUCAUAUUUCACUUAGUACACCAACAAGUACAAAUCAACGAGAAGUAUCUGUACCAUCUCCUUUACCAUCAAUACAUAUGCUUGGACGAACAUCACCUUCAAUUCGUCAGAUUGAUAUGCAUCGUGAUUCAUCUAUUGAUAAUCGAUAUACAUCAAAUGUAGUUGCUAAUCGUUUUAAACCAUUAAUGGCUUAUACAAGUCCGAAUAGUAAUAAAUCUCCAGUAUUAGAUAAUUCAGAACAUCGAUCACCAUCUGUUGUAAAUCUUCCUCCAACAUCUUCACAUCCGAAUUCAACACCAUUUACUAUGCGUAGUGGAAAUUUAAUGAAACGAGAUUCAUCUGAUGUUGAUCAUUUAACAAAAUUAUUAAUGAAAAGUAUGAAUUCAUCUAAUGAACCGCAUUUUUUUGGUAUGUGUGCAAGAUGUAAUGAUGAAAUCGUUGGAGAAGAAAAUGGACUUGUAGCUAUGGAUAGAAUGUAUCAUGUAUCAUGUUUUACAUGUACUAUGUGUGGUUGUCGUUUACGUGGUAUGCAUUUUUAUUCAAUGGAAAAUAAGCCAUAUUGUGAAUCAUGUUAUAUUAAUUCAUUAGAAAAAUGUGUUGUCUGCGCAAGACCAAUUACUGAUAGAAUUCUCCGUGCAACGGGUAAACCUUAUCAUGCUGAAUGUUUUUGUUGUAUUGUUUGCAAUAAGAGUCUUGAUGGUGUACCAUUUACAAUUGAUGCAACGAUGGAAGUACAUUGUAUUGAUUGUUUUCAUCAAAAGUUUGCGCCACGUUGUUAUUCAUGUCAUCGGCCUAUAUUACCAAUGAAUGGUCAAGAAGAAACUAUACGUAUUGUUGCACUUGAUCGAAGUUAUCAUAUUGAUUGUUAUCGAUGUGAAAAUUGUAAAUUACAAUUUACAAGUGAAGAAGGAUGUUAUCCAAUAGAUGAUCAUGUUUUAUGUGUUCAUUGUAAUCGUAUAUAUUCAAGAACGAUGUUUGGUCAUACAUAA